CCGUUUUAAUCCUUCACCCAAACGAAACGCACCCACUUUUCAUUUGGAAUCUUCGCCACCGUUCUCCGGUCAAAUUUCCCGCGGUUUCUGAAACCUCCGGCGUCAUCUCUGAUUCUCCGGUCACCGCAGAGAGCAUAGAAGGUCGUGGACGAUGAGCAACGUGUUCGAGGGAUACGAACGCCAGUACUGCGAGCUUUCGGCGAAUCUAUCGAAAAAGUGCACUGCGGCUGGUGCUCUUAAUGGAGAGCAAAAGAAACAAAAAGUUUCUGAAGUAAAGGCAGGAAUUGAUGAAGCAGAGGCUCUGAUUCGAAAAAUGGACCUUGAGGCAAGAAGUUUGCAGCCAAAUAUCAAGGCUGUGCUUCUUGCUAAGUUGCGGGAGUAUAAAUCGGAUCUAAACAAUCUUAAAAGUGAAGUUAAGAAAAUUGUGUCUGGUAACUUCAACCCUUCUGCACGGGAUGAGUUGUUGGAAUCAGGCAUGGCAGAUGCUAUGACGGCAUCAGCUGAUCAGAGAGGAAGAUUAAUGACUUCAACUGAGAGGUUGAACAAGACCGGUGAAAGAGUUAAGGAUAGUAGGAGAACAAUGUUAGAAACAGAAGAGCUUGGCGUUUCAAUUCUUCAGGAUUUGCAUUCACAGCGACAAUCUCUGUUGCAUGCUCAUAACACGCUUCAUGGAGUGGAUGAUAACAUAGGCAAGAGCAAGAGAAUUUUGUCCAACAUGUCAAGAAGGAUGAACAAGAACAAGUGGAUGAUUGGCGGCAUUGUUUUGGUCCUUGUUGUUGCUAUCGUCUUGAUCCUCUACUUCAAACUUUCUAAAUAGCCAAUGGCUCACCUUUUCUCGUAAUGGUUCAUAAAUAUCGCUAAGAUACAACGUAUUCCUAUUAUUUUCUGAUUUGUGAGUGCUCGGACAAAGGUGUUCGUUGUGCAGUGCUGCUAGCUAAUUUGGCACUAUUGGCUUCUUUCAAUGUAUCGCAUUAUUUGUAAUGUAUGGAAUUCUGAUUUCUUUUUGGCCAUUUUUUGCAUGAAUUUAAUCGUGAAACCAGAAUUCUGUGUGGUUAUGCUGUUCAAAUUUA